CCGUUAUUGCCUCCACCCGGCGAAAAACACGAAGUGCGCAUUUUUACAGCAAACUCCUCCGCACUUCGGUUCCGCUGCACAGCUACGUUCGGGCUCAGCCCUCUAUGCCACGAGGAAGCUUAGACUGACUAUGAAACAAACAGAAAGAACAGUCAGGCAGAGACGAUAGGAAAGCAGCCCUGGAUUCAGGAUUCACAAAGUGGAACCACGUUUUGUCAGUCAUUAAAGCAGCACACAAUGGCUCUGAACAUCCCGGGGCUGGUGGUAAUGGUGGUCUUCUACCUGAUGGUGCUGGGCACUGGCCUGUGGGCCUCGAUUAAGUCCAAACGGGUGCAGAAAAGCAGCCAGGCAGCCCAGACAGAGGUCACUUUGCUGGGAAACAGAGGGAUCAGUCUGGUAGUAGGAGUCUUCACAAUGACAGCUACUUUUGUUGGAGGCGGCUUCAUCGUUGGUCUGACAGAGGCAGUGUACACACCAACUAUGGGGCUGGCCUGGGCGGUCAUGCCAAUAACAGCAGCCCUGUCUUUUAUUGUUGGUGGACUUUUCUUUGCCAAACCAAUGAGAGAAAGAAAAUAUGUGACAAUGAUGGACCCGUUCCAGAUCAAGUAUGGAAAAUCAAUAAGUGGAGCUCUGUCCGUGGCUCUGUUAAUUUCUGAUCUAAUCUGGGUGACAGGAACUCUUAUCGGCUUAGGAGCAACAAUAAGUGUGGUCCUGGAUUUAUCCUACAUGGUUUCCAUUUGGAUCUCUGCUGCUGUAGCCAUCGUAUACACAUUAAUGGGAGGCCUCUACUCUGUAGCCUACACAGACAUAAUACAGCUAACACUCAUAUUCUUCAGUAUGUGGCUCUGUGUCCCCUUCACCCUGAUAAACCCCCACUCAGUGGACAUUACUAAGACUGCUUUCAACUUUACCUACCAAGCCCCCUGGAUUGGUUCUGUAGAUAAAGAAAGGCUAUGGAGGUGGAUUGAUAAUUUCUUAUUAUUGGCUUUAGGUAACCUUGGAUAUCAGGACUUCCACCAGAGGACUCUGUCAGCCUCUUCAUCAAAUACAGCCAGGAUCACCUGCUUUAUUGCAGCUCCACUUAUUUUUGUACUUGGAAUCCCAUCUGUGUUGAUUGGAGCAGUCGCAGCAUCAACAGACUGGAACAUGACCUUAUAUGGCUCCCCAUCCCCCUUUGAGCGAGGAGAUGCUGGUCAGGUUCUGCCAAUUGCUCUGCAGUACCUCACUCCAAACUACAUCUCCAUCAUUGGCAUUGGAGCUGUAGCUGCUGCUGUGAUGUCCUCAACAGACUCUGCACUAUUAUCUGCUGCCUCCAUCUUCUCAUCCAACAUAUAUAAGAACAUCCUAAGGACCACAGCAUCAGACAGGGAGCUCCAGUGGGUGAUCCGUGUCACUGUGGUGCUGGUGGGCGUGGCUGGCACAUCGCUCACCUUCCUAAACAACAGCAUCAUGGUUUUUUGGAUCCUGGGCUCAGACAUAACCUACACCAUCAUGUUCCCUCAACUAGUCUGCGUCCUCUUUUUCAACAUCUCCAAUGGUUAUGGCUCCAUCAUGGGCUUGCUAGUUGGAGUGCUGCUGAGAUUGCUCAGUGGUGAACCAUCCAUAGGGUUACCUGUUGUCCUUCACUUCCCGGGUUGCACUCUUGAAGAUGGCAUCUAUGUCCAGCGCUCUCCGGUCAGGACUAUCUGCAUGUUAUCCACUAUCUUUGUUACUUUGUUGUUCUCCUACCUGUCAUCACAGCUCUUCAAUAGAGGAUUGAUUUCUGAGAGGUGGGACGUAUUCAAAGUGAAGGCCAACAAAAAAUCACAAAAACUAACAUUAACGAGCAAUGGCAUCAUCAAAACAGACGAGGAGAAGCCCGAUGGUCAGAAUGAAACUGAACUAAUGCUAACCACCAGUCAGUUGGAGUGACAAACUAAUGAUUUAGUGGGAUGCAGAUGUGUUUUUUAUGGUGAUAUAUUAUCACACCUUCUAUUUUUAUGCAAAACAUUUUGUGAAUUGAUCAUGUUGGCCUUAGGACCUUGGAGGAAUUCAUUGAUUCUUCCAAAGUCAUCCAUUUGUUUAUAAUCAGUGCAUGCUUUCUACAUGCAGUAUAUACAUUUCUUAAAAUUACAUUGAAGUAAUUUCUUUGAAUUCAUUUUACUAGGAUUUCUUUAACUGAUUACUGUUAGUAAUGGUGAAUUAUACUGAUAUAGUGUUACAUCAAUAAAAUUCCCAAAGAAACUGGGAGAUAAUACAUGAAUCACUGAAUGAAUAUGAGUCCGUUUAUAUGUAUGAAUCUCAUGUAGCAUUCAUGCCACUGGCAUUCAUUUUGCUGGAUGGAUGUAUGGAAUGGAAGAUGGAUGCUCGCAGUAAAGUGCUUCCUUACACAACAAAUUAUGAUUUGGGAAGAGAAUUAAAAAUAUUUUUGGACUUGCACUUAUGCUACAAUCAGCUGAUUUCAGUUCAUUUUGAACUGAAGAGGAAGAUAGUGGUCUACAGCGUGGAUAUGGACAUUAUUUUUAUUUUUAUUGCCCAAAGGAGGAGAGCACCGUGGGAAAGUGCAAACUACAUUAUGCUGCUAACACAACUUCGGCUCUUUGCCAACAACUGCAAGGACAGGAUGCUAACGCUAAGCUAACCAAAAACCCAGAGUGACUUAAAGCUGAGUGAAUGCUGACCCCACCCAGCAGCCAGACCCUGAACUUCAACAGGUAACAUCAGUGAUGUGCAGUCAGGCUCUACCUGUUCAUGUUGCUAAAGUAGAAUCACUGUGGACAUUACUGUAAAGUUUCUUUGUUCCGGUUCUAAUCUUUUCUUUGUGUUGCUGGCUUUGUGUUCGCAUGUAGAUGCUUUGAGAACAAUCAUAUGUGUGUCCCCAUUAGGUUCAGCAUUUGUGUUGGUGUGUAGGGCUGUAGUAUAUAGGUUUAUAUUGAUAAAUGGUAAUUAUGAGACUGUGCAUUUCAUGCAAUUUUACGGAAAAAUGCUGAUAUAAUGUAAAGAGUAACAAAUUACUGUCUUCUGGGAGUAAUUACUUUUAGUAAUGACCCCAACACUAAUCAACACCAAGAGUGGAAAUACUGCCAUUAUGCACAAACGUUUGACAACAUAACACGCAAUUAAGUUGCACAAAUAUGAUGUCUUCUAUAUGCUGCUUAGUGAUGAUGGUGACUCUCAAAGUGGAUGCAGUGAGAAUCCAAUGAGAGUUGAUAAUGGAAUCAGAAUCGCUAAAUUCUUAUCAAUUCUAGUCAGACUACAGGACAAUUUUUCACUGUGCCAGAGUCUAUGUUAAAAAGCUCAAGUACAGUAUGGCCUGUAGCAUUUGUAUGAUAGUUUACUGGCAGUGGUUUCGGUCACAGUCAUGUUGGAGCUGUAGUAACAAACAAAUGGUUUACUGGAAUGUAGAUUUGUGUUGUUAUAAUGUUACACUAAACAGAGAAUUGACAUUUGAAGUACCUUUAACUGUUACUUCUGAAUUUAAAGCCAUAUGAACAUUACGUAAAAUCUAUAUCUCGCAUGCGUUCUGAAGUAUGUAAGUGUAGGUGUUAGCAUGCCUGUAUACCACUUAUUUAAAUAUAUGUUUUGUGUGCACUGAUA